UCCGGCCCCUCCUCCCGGCUCCUACCCGCCUCUCGGGCCCUACUGCGCUAACUGUGCUCCUCUGGGCCCCUGCGCCUGCUCACAGCCAUGGUGGCUAGGCUCACCACUCUCCUCGUUUGCCUCGUUUUCUCCUUGGCUACCCUGGUCCAGAGAGCGAGAGACUGACAUGUUGGACAGGGCAUGCCCAUAGAAGAUGCAUUGACCCGGAAGAGGGUACUUUCGGGAUGAACAAAGUGAAAUGGGCAGGAACAAUGGAGGCAGCAGUGAUUAAUGAUUGGAGCCCAAACACCAGGCUGCUUAAAGGCCGAUCAGUCGUUUGUCCAGGAUCGCAGAUUUCCAUCAAGUCUUUGGAUAUGGAGACUUCGAUGAUUUCAAUCUGGAGGAUGCGCUUAAAGAAACUUCCUCAGUAAAGCAGAGCCACUUUAGUACGACGACUAGGAGGACAGGAACGACCAGAGCCCCAGCGAAUCCAGCAGAGAGAUGGGACCACAUGACCACUACUACAACGAAAAGGCCAGGAACAACUAGAGCACCGUCAAAUCCUCUGGAACUUGAUGGGUUUGACUUGGAAGACGCCUUGGAUGAUCGGAAUGAUCUAGAUGGCCCCAAAAAGCCAAGUACAGGAGAAGGAGGAGGUUUGUCAGACAAGGAUCUCGAAGACAUCUUGGGAGGCGGGGGAUACAAACCUGACAAGAAUAAAGGUGGCGGUGGUGGUUAUGGCAGCCAGGAUGACCCUGGAUCAGGAGCAGUGACGGACCCCGGCACCAUUGCGGGCCUGGUCAGCGCCCUGGCCGCGGCCCUCCUCGGAGCGGUGUCCGGCUACCUCUCCUACCAGCAUCGGAAGUUCUGUUUCAGUGUCCAGCGCGGCCUCGACGCAGCCUACGUGAAGGGGGAAAACCUGGAAGCUGUGGUGUGCGAGGAGCCCCGGGUGGAAGCCGCGAUGUGCGAGGCGCCCCCAGUGACGGACUCCACACAACACUCGCAGCCCACAGAGCCCCUGGCACCAGAGCGGCCCCGGAUCUGAGGCCCGGGAUCUGAGGCCUCGCUCAAUGGUCAGCGCUUGGCACCCUGAUGUCCUCCGUUCAUCCUUUCCCCGGGUUCCUUCCCCAUCCCCAGCUUCUCCCCACACCUGGUUUUCCGCACCAGCCUUGGGGGUGUGUGAGUUGCGGUUUCUGCGCCCUUCCGUGCGGACCGCGCUGACCACUGUGCGGCGCGGCCUCGGGAGAGACUCGGAGCCGAGCCCUGCGAUCCCCGUUCAGCCGAGUGCGGUGCGCACAUUUGUGGUUUUUGCGCUGACCACUAAGCGCUGUGAGGAGUGCGCCCAGCUGGCACUUGGUGCAUUCGGAACACACUUGAGACAAAUCAGACAGCUGCAACGCACACGCGCGCACACACACACACACACAUGUAACACACACGCACACACACACAUGUAACAUGCGCAUGCACAUGUAACACACGCACACACAGGCAUACACACAAGCACGCACACAUGUAACACACAGACACAUGUAACACACGUGCACACACAUGUAACGCAUGCACACACAUAGGCAUACACACACAAGCACGCACACAUGUAACACGCAUGUGCACACACAGGCACACACACAUAUAACACACACAGACACACGCACACAUAUGUGUCUGCUGGUGUGUGUUUCAUAUGCGUGCUUGUGUGUGUGCGCGUGUAUGCGUGUGUGUUACGUGUGUGCGCGUGUUACAUGUGUAUUACAUGCGUGUGUGCGCCAGGGCCACAUCUGAGGCCACUCCUUGGGCUGCACUGUGCAUUGUUCUUUGGACCCGUGAGUCCCACAGUGAACUCUGCAGGCAGGAGCUCAGCGCAUUUCUACGCCAUGUGGCCCAGUGGUUUGCCAUGUCAGAAAAUCACUUGUGAGAGCGGAGCUGGCCGCUUGGAGGGCGAGGCCCACAGUGGACGACGUGAUUGGCUCCGUGUAUCCUGCAGGCUGCGCUUCGCCUCCACUGAGCUGCAGCAGAAACGUGACCACUGAGCCAUCCUGCCGCUCUGCUGUCUUCCUGCAGCUUAAGAGCCCGGCCAUGGAUGCCAUGGUUGUCGGUCAUCAUCUCAGCUCCUAGGAUUAGGUCACACGUGGUAUUUCCGGUCUGUUGACCUGCAGCUAGGGUCAUCUCUGGGGAGUGGGGGCGUGUAUACUGACGCUGAGGCCAGUGUGACCGCAAAGCCCUUGAACCCCACAGUCACGCUGUAAAAUAAAUGCCCUCGGUGCCUUCUGCACAAAGCCCUUCUGCAUAAAACCCAUCGCUCAGCCCACCGGGUCUUCACAAGGACAAAACUGUUGAAAGUCCUUUACUUCUGAGCAUUUAUUUUUAGCAAUGUGUGCUUUACUUAUGGUGUCUUCUGCUGAGGCCGAUGUGAGUUAUUGGACUUAUAUUCCUAAUCCACCUUUAUUUGAGCCUGCUACUUGGGGGGGAAACAGAUUUGGCGUUAUACACCACUCCACACAUUGUAUCAUUUCCUUGAAAACUUUGACUUAUUUGAAUAAGAAUGAUGGAGCUUUGUAUAAUUUUACUUAUUCUGGCUCAAAGAUGCCUUUAUGUUUAGGACAGAGACCAUGUCUCACAAAGGGGCUAUCAAAAUUGGCUAUUACCAGGAAAAAAGGUUACAGGCUCCAGGACUCAUUGCAACGAUUGACAGCUUGGUCUAUAAACCAAAAUUGGUGUAACAUUAUAUUUGUUAGUGAGCCACUAUAUUCUGUUUGUGCUCAAUUAACUUACAUAGACUUAAAGUAUCGCCCAUUCAUUUGGAAGAAUUGCUUUUGGCAUGUUUGGAAAAAUUAUUCAAGACAAAUGGAUACAUUGGGGUACUUAUGGUCAAUCAGAAUGGAAUGUUACCACUUGUGAUUUGCCUAAUGUUACCAGGACGAGUGGAGAGGAGAAUGAACACCUUAAUGGAUCCUUGCUGAUGGAAUGGGGAGAUGGUGGCAUUGUUGAUAAUUGAUGGCCUCUGUGGAAGAUCCCAGCGCACUUCAAACUCAUUUGUGGAAGACUGAUGCUGCAUUAAAAGAAGUUGUGUUUGCUAAUGGAAGCUUUUCUGAGUCUGCUCAAUCUGCCUCUCAGGAUAAUUUUACCACAUAUAAGAAAGAAAAGGUUACUACUUGUAUUCCUCUGCCAUAUUUGUUUUUAAUAGGUAGAUUUAAUUUUACUGAUGGAUUUGCUUGUAUUAACUGUCAUUUGUAUUUAUGUAUUAAUUCAUCUAUUCAGUUUAAUAUGAAUCAAGAUUCUAUUAUGAUAUUCAGCAAAAAUUAUAUGUAUGGAUGCCUGUUAAUUUGGGACAUCGUUUGUCUCAAGAUCCUCAAUAAUGUGAUUAUUGAAUUUUUUAAUAAUCUGCUGAAGAGAAGUAAAAUAAUGAUUAGAGUCAUUGUAGCUACUAUUUUAAGCCUUAUUUCUGUUGCUACUUUGGCAGCAGUUUCCAGCAUCGCAUUAAAAAUAUCUGUUCAGACAAAGCAUUUUGUUGAAGACUGGCAUAAAGAUUCACAUGAGUUGUGGAUAGAGCAAACUAAAAUUGAUAGUAGACUUCAACAUCAAGUAGAUGUUUUAAAAUAAACAGUAGGAUGGUUGGGUCUAAAGAUGUUAUCUAUUGAAAUAUAUGUGGAUUUGAGAUAUGAUUGGAAUUCUACUUUUUGUGUUACUGAAUAUAUGUAUAAUUAUGCAGAACAGGAUUGGAAGAUAAUUCAAGCCUAUUAAGAAGGUAAUGAUAGUGCUACCAAAGUAAUUAAUGCCUUGGAAUAGGAUGUUUGAACAUCUUUUGGUAAACAGCUAGAAGAAACUACCCCUGCAGAAAUAGCUAAAUUAUUGGCUGAUCAGUUGACAGGAUUAGCUCCCAAAACUUGGCUUCAAAGUAUUUUCCAUAGCUUGGGAGGGGCUAGUUUUGCCAUAAUAUUAUGUGCAUUAUGUAUUAUGUUGCUUUAUUUUUACAUGAUUAAACCCCUACCAGGGCAUUUAGCUAUGUUAUGGAAAGUGUUACUUUUAAAACAAAAGAAAGAAGAAGGAAUUGUUGAGACAUGGAGAUGCAGCUCCCAGGCAGGGUCAAGUAAGGACUGGUGACAGGAGCAAGUAGGGGCUGGAAUGCCACCCUUGAGAAGAAAAGGUUUUUCUCACUUGGCCUUAAACUAUGUUCUGCUGUGUCCUGUUUCUGUGGACGCGGUUCUCACACUCUCUUGGUAAUGGGGAGUAUACUUUGAUAAUAAGAAGGGGGUAAUUUGUUAUGUGAAUAUUUUGAGAAGAAACCUUUGUUUAGUCGUAUUCCUUUGUUUACUUUUGCCUCAGUUGUUCCUGAUAUCGUGGGAAUAACGAUCUUAUGGUAUCUUGCCAAAAUUGAAAUUGUAUUAAUGCAUAUUCAUAUCUACAUAAGGAUUAAUAAAGCUCGCAACUGUGUGCAGUUGCUUCUGCCUUUCUUCUGCA